GCAACCUUACAGCGCUUUGUUCCAGGUCCAGCUGUAUCUGAAGGAAUGUUGCCAACGUGAAGAGAAAGAAGAUGUUAUGCGUUUUAAGUGAAGUGUAUUUUUAUAUGUCUUAACUAAAUCUAUAGUUGUUUAAGUGUGUGUUAUGAUUAAAUAUCUGUAGCGUAAGCUAUUAAUAUUUCUUUUCAUUUACAGCCCUAAGUUAUACUUACUUCUCUGGACUGUUAAAUAAAUAACAAGCAUGGUUAAAAUAUACAUGUAAAAGCAGGCCCGCUGCGAAUACCGAACAGUACUGAAGCAUUACCACAUCUCUGCCGUCUGCUGUUGCGCUGCGCUUUAUGGGCAACACAAUUGUGGCAGAUAUUCAAAGUUACAGGAAACCUUUCCUUGAAAUGUGCCAAUUAUAGAAAACGCGAAACGGUUUACGUUAACUGCCUGGAUUCAGCUUGCCGCGCAGUGUGACCAUCGUCAAGUGCCAAAGUCGCAGAUCAUAGCUCCGAGAACUGUCUCCCUUGUUUUGUGUCCAAAAGAAAACUGUGACUAAGGUAGUGAUCUUGAAAUUCGGGACGUAAUGCCAGAAGUAGUCAGCAGAUGCUGGUCAUCGCUGAGUGGAUGUUGUUGAAGUAAUGCAAGCUGAUAAUGACAUCGCCUACGUUUCGGACUUGUAAGAAAAUGACUGAACCAGGGUUGUCGCCCCAGCGACUCAAACAUAGGCUUUAUUAUUAUGCACGUGAUGGCAUGGCAAUAACGUUGUUCGCGCUCUUGGCUGACAAAGACAGGAGUGAGGUUAAGGAUCUUUUAAGUGAGGCGGUUGUCGACGAAGAUGGGCAGAAGUGCACUCCGCUGAUAAUAGCUGCGAGGCAAGGCCACGACAAAGUGGUUAAGAUGCUGCUGCAUGAAUUCAAGCAAGACAUCGAACAGGAAGGCACCGUCAAGUUUGAUGGUUACGUGAUAGAGGGUGCCAGUUCUCUCUGGUGUGCUGCAGGUGCAGGGCACCUCGGCGUGGUGAAGACCCUGGUGAAGAUGGGCGCGGAUGUGAACCAUCCCACGAAGACCAACUCGACGCCGCUGCGAGCCGCCUGCUUCGACGGCCGCCUCGACAUCGUGCGCUACCUCGCGGACCACCGCGCCGACAUUCACAUAGCCAACAAGUACAACAACACGUGCCUCAUGAUCGCAGCGUACAAGGGCCACCUGGACGUGGUGAGCUUCCUGCUGGCGCGGGGCGCCGAUCCCAACGAGCGGGCGCACUGCGGCGCGACGGCGAUGCACUUCGCUGCCGAGUGCGGCCACUGUGCCGUGGUGCGCGAGCUGCUGGACCACGGCGCUUUCGUCUCCAGGAACGAGCACGGUAUGACGCCCCUCAUAGCAGCCGCUGAGAGGACAAGAGCAGAUGUCGUGGAGUUCCUCAUCACUCGGCCAGAAGUAUCGCGUGAGGAGAAGAUAGAUGCGCUGGAGUUACUCGGGGCGUCAUUUGCCAACGACAAGGACUAUUACUGCUUGGAGCAGGCGUACAACUAUCUGCACCGAACCAUGGUGAUGAGGUACGAGGACCGGGACGCCGUGGUGCCCAAGCGGGGCACGUACCGCGUGCCCGCCUACGAGAACUGGGACGAGUGCCGCUCCCUGGAGCAGCUGGAGAGGAUAGAGGGGGACCCCAACGCGCUGCACAUGGAGGCGCUGGCCGUGCGCGAGCGCAUCCUCGGCACGCACAACCCGGAGGUCCCCCACCCGGUCAUCUUCCGCGGGGCCGUGUUCGCAGACAGCGCGCGCUUCGACCGCUGCAUCGAGCUGUGGCUGCACGCCCUGCACCUGCGGCAGGUCAACAAGGUGGCCGUCGUCAAGGACCUGCUGAGGUUCGCUCAGGUGUUUUCUCAAAUGAUUCACAUUGGUGUUGGAGUACCAUUCGCAUACGUAGAAGAUGUUUUGUCGGCGUGUGUUCUGGAACUGCAGAGGAAUAAAGAAAAACUGGUGUCUCCUGGCCCAAAGGAUGAUGUUGACCAAAUAUUGGAGGAGAUGGAUAGCAACAUCAUGACGUCUCUGUACAUCCUGGUGAUCAUCACCAACCAGAUGAAGUCGUGCAACAAGCGAGUCGAGUUCCGGGUGUUCCGCCUGGUGUUCCAGCUGAACCAGCUCAAGGUCACCACCCGGGAGGGCAUGACCCUUCUGCACCUGUGCGUCAGCUCCGAGACCCCCGUCGACGACUUCCACACCAAUGACGUCUGCAAUUUUCCUUGUGCAGCAACAGCUAAACUGUUGAUACAGUGUGGUGCAGACGUGAAUGCUAUGGACAACAACAGGAAUACUCCUCUGCAUUUCAUAGUCAGCUAUCAAAAACCAAUUAGUGAUUUCCUGACCUUGCAUUCUAUUAUUCUGGAUCUGACUGAAGCUGGUGCGCACAUAGAUACAGUGAAUGUGAACGGCGAGACACCUUUUGAUGCUGCCACAACAGGUGUGGCGGAGAUAAUCCUGAGGACGCAGGCCAAGCUGUGUCUCAAGUGCAUGGCAGCGAAGGCCGUGAAGACGUACCGCCUGACGUACCAGGGGCAGGUGCCGCGCUCCCUGGAGAGCUUCAUCGAGCUGCACGGCUCCGGCAGCGUAAAUCAAGGCUAGGUGUCUGCGCGCGCUGCAGACCCAACAGACGUUUCUCACUGCCUAAGUUCUAGUGAUUUUUCUUUUUUUUUUGGAGUUGGCCCAAAGGUUGUCACGUUUAACAGCGCACGGCUGUGUGUGUGGCCAUUUCCGAUUCUGCCACCAAGUCCACGACCUUGUGCCAGCUAAUUUUUUUUUUAUGUGAUAAAAACAGCUGUGCAAUAUAAACUAUAAGUUUUUUUUAUAAAGAAAGGGUUAAGAGGUUGUAAAUAAAUACUCUAGAAGCCUGCUUCAAUGUCAUAUUGAUGCUAGGACAUUUGUACAUUUUUUGGCGAACUGUGAAAUAAAUAGGUUUGAUUUUUAUUUCUAUUAACUGUACAAUAUGUAAAUUACUGAGAAUGUGAAGAAAAUGGUCUGUGUGUCAACAUACAAAAUUUGUUACUAAUGUAACUGUAUAGUGCCAUAACUCAGAUUUUUGUUCUGUAAAUAUUUUUAUUGUACCAUACAAAUUGUGUAAUGCAUUUUAAAACAUUUUUUGUGGACAGUUUAAAGUGUGUUCAGAAUUUUUGUUUGUUUGGUGGAGUGUAGAAUAUAAUAUAUGUCUUUUGUGGUUGAAGUGAAUUCAUAAAUAAUUUAUAUGUGCAGUGCUUUAAAUUAUUGUAAGAUCCUAUCAUUUUUGUUAUGUUGAGUUAGCUAGAUGUCAUAAUCCUAUACGCAUUUGAAAAUCCAGAAUUUUGUAUCAUUUGCUAAAGCUUCUGAUUAUUUGUACACAAUCAUGUUUGAAAUAGAAAAAAUGGGCAAAUUUCUUAAUUUUUUUGCAACUUGAUUGACUUCGUCAUGUUUUAAUAUUUUUCUUUUGUUUGAAAAACAAAAAUUAUUAAAUAUAUAUAUAUUUAAGAAGGGACUUCAAUUUUAUAUUUUACGAGUAAAACUUAUUGAAAGGGUUCAAUUGUCUGUAUUUACAACAGUUUAAGUGCAAAAUUAUUUUAAUUUAUUAUUUAGAUAAAAUUUUCAGUGGAAACUUUUUAAUAGUUUUUUUAUAUAUGUUUUGUAGUUUCCUCAAAUCAUCUUAUAAUUUAUAAAUGUGGAAAGAUAUUUUCAUGGCAAACAAUAUUAGGUAAGCCUUCGACCUAAAGAGAUGCAUUUGUGGGAAUUAUUUUUAUAAAGGCUGAAUUGUAAACUCUUCUGGAAAUUACAUAACAAUUGUUCUAUUUAUAUUCUAGGUUACAUGAAAUUUAUGCUAGUGUUCACCUGAAAAUUAAGGAAAAAUCUUUACUAAUAAACAACAUAUUUUAAGUUGUUAAAAGUUUAAAUAUUUUAAGUACAGUGACAACCAACUGUGCAGAUAUGAUACCUAUAUUAUCGCACAUCUCAGAAUUAGCUAAAAUCCAAGCUUUUGACAUGGUUUUAUGCAGCCAUGUUUUUACUUGCAUAUUGGUUAUUUACAAUAAAAUAUCAAGUGUGACAUGAUUUGGUUAUCAAUAUUUUAGUAGCUAAGACUGUUGUGGUUAAAAUGGUACCUCAGAAGUACAGUUGAAAGUUAUAAUAGCACUAUACUAUAAGCAAAAAGAUAUAAAUCAGAUACAAAUUUACAAGAAAAGGCUACUCUUUUUUAAAACUUCUUUAUACACCUACAAGCAAGCGGUGUUGCAUAUUUAAGUCCCAUUUGUUACUGUUACAAAAAAAAAAUAGUUUAAAUUAAUUAUUGUUACAAUUCUAUCUGGCAUGGUGUUCCAACAAAAUAGUGUUUAUUAUCAAGUAUGAGUACUCUGGUUAGUAUACCUAUCCCUCACUUAGCACGACUAAUUUGUUCCUAAAAAUGCUCGUGUUAUUCAAAAUCACGUUUUUUGAAGCAUUAGUUUCCAUAAAUAGCAAGGCUUAUUUAUUUAAUGUGUUCCAAAAUUGUGUAGGAAAAUAUACUUUACUUAAUAUAAAUCCGUAGAAUAACACUAAACUACAAAUAUGUCACACCAUUAAUCUUUAUAUGCCUCCCAUCGCACUUUGUAUGACAAAUACGACACUGCGUAACAGGAGAUACGUGGUUAUGUACUUUAUCAUCGUCAGUUGGCUGGCUGACUUGCCCGCCUGGGCGUGACCUUCAAUUCACAUCGCGUACCUUUCCAAACAAUCCUUUACUGACAGUUAAAUCAAUAUUACUGUCCGGAUAAUUACAUUUUAUUUUUCAAAAAUUAAAGUUAUUAUUCGCAUAUCACCACCUGGUUCACACCAAUCCUGUCAGGCUAAUGAUUAUUUUUUUCAUUGCAACAUUCAUUUAACAACAUUUUCCACGUGAAUCAUCUGUUCAUUUCUGUUUCGGUAUCUAAUGUAAAAUAUAUUUCCGCUAGUACAACCAACAGCAUCAGACUUAUAUAAACUUUUGAUAAGAGUCCUUAUUUCGUACGAUUGUGUGCACAGUUGACUUGCUUAAAACUAAAGUGCGACCAACAUAAGCAUUGCCUUCAUGACAAUCUGCGUUCCGUAAUACUUAUAGUUUUGUCUCAAAUACUUGAACACGAUGCAUUAUGAGUGAUCAAGCAUGUACAGUUACCGGCAUCUGAAUGGGCAGACGUUGCUUUUGUUUGAGUGAAUUCCCUGCCACUGGCUACAAUGAGUUCACAGCCCGGUCUGUGGCCAGGCAACAACGGCACGGCACGGUGACAUACGCGCGGACGUAAAAACAUUUGGUCAUUUACACUCCAUAGCUGAAAUUUAACUUGCCAUAGCUGAUGUUUGUACAAUAGCCGAUAGCGUAGUCAGACCUGUGCGCAUCUCUUCCUCCCUUGGGCUAACUGUAUCCCUCGGCACAUCUGUUGUUUAAAGAAAUUGAAACAGAAUUCGUGGCAUUCUGUCAGACAUUUUUUUUUUCCUGCGGUGAUUUCAUGUUAACUGAAAUUUACAGACAUGCUAUUCAAGACUGGGGCAGUAAAAUUAACAUCACACUAAAUGAAUCCGCACAAUCAGAAGACGUGCUAAGUGAGGGAUAGGUGUACAAUAGCAUAUGUAUGACUGCAGUUAGCAACUGAUGAAGUAUUCUUGCAGGUUGACAAAAAAAUGGUCAACCUUGCAUUUUGCUUGUCUUGGGAACUUCUAUAGUUGCCGUUUUUCGUAAGACAGUGUUUCAUAAACUGCUGCAAGCCGGUACUCGUUAAUGCAUAUAUUUGUCAUCAUGGAACAUACAGUUUACUUUACCAGAAUUGAUUUGUUUUUUGCUUCACGUGUCAGGUUUAACUACUUAUUCCAAAAAAAUUAAUUAACUUGCAAUAUCUACAUUUUUUUAAUAUAUAAUGUAAUUAUUUUUCCCAAUUUUCGAAAACAGGUUGGUGUAAAUUUAAUAUUUGUGGUGUACAUAAGUUUAACUCUAAAUUGUAGAUUCUAUAAUUCUUGUCACAUCUUAAAACUAGUUAUUUUAUGUAUGUGAUUUAAUGUGGGUUGUUCUGAAUACUUUUGAUCAACUCAUGUGAAUAUUGAGAAGACUUAUUUUUUUGGAAGAAAAUAGGAUUUUUUUCCAUACUAAGUUGUCCUGUGUUUAUUAUUGUUUUGUUGUGUUUUUAUUUACGAAGAAAGUUAUUUAAUUAUUAAUCUGGUGCAGUCUAGUUGUGACGAGCAAAAUUUGAGUCACGUGACAUUUAUUAGGUUGGUUAUUAUUAUUAUAAAUAAAUAAUUAAAUUGUUGUGGUGAAAAAGUGGUUUCUGUGAAAAUUAAGGACUCAAGUAAAGAGCUAUAGGCAUUAUUUCUUAGUGGUCUUUACAUAAGUUGUGGAUUUAAAACUUUGAAGAAAGUGUUUGUGCCUGUUGUUUAAAAUAAUUUUUUACCCAAUGUAUGGUGUUUCUAGUCAUUUGGCCUGUUUAAUGGUUUUGUCAUUUGAAAAAGUGAUUUUUUUUCCUUCAUAAUUAGUAAAAGUGUUUUGAUUUAAUCCAAGCAAGGUGUCAGUUGUGUAGCUACAUCCAAAGCCAGGUGGUCAUAUUCAGUAGCAGUAAGAGGUAUUUCAAUCUCAGCUGUAGAUUAUUCUCUAGUUCUGCAAUCAUCUAGUUAACCAGAGGCACUUAGGUAUUCUGUCUGGUACUGCUUUGAUUGUAGCAACUUGUGUUAAGGUUCAGUUGUAAAAUGUUGGAUAAUUCCUACCCUUUCAAUCAGUGCAUCACUUUGCAACACAAGAAGCAAUCCAUUGCUGAUUUUCAGGGAAGCAAAAGGAAACAUUAGAUUGCAUAAGCUAUCACUAUUCUGAUCUGUGAGCAUAGUCUACAGCUCUUGUUUUUAGAAAAUAUAUGCCUGUUUAAUUUUUACUUUUAUUUUUAAAUAGGCCAAACUUAGUGACGUGUAACAAAAAAACUGUCUGAGUUUUUCCUUUUUAAAUAAAAGAACAUAACUGAUUG